AUGGCUUGGUUUCGUUGCUGCUUUUAUGGGGAAGAAGAAGAAAGCAGACAAAGCAAUGAGAUGACGAAGGCAACAAAGAGUACAACAUUAAUGCCUUACAUUCCUCAUCAUCUCCUUGUCCAAAUACUAUUAAAAUUGCCUGUCAAGUCUCUGAUACGAUUCAAGUGUGUUUCCAAGUUAUGGCUUUCUUUAAUCUCUGACUCUCGCUUCACUAGAAAUCACCUCAAUCAAUCAAUCAAUCACAAAGGAAUACUCAUACUCAAUUCCCAUCCGGGUAGCCAUCAUGUAUACACUGCAGACCUUGGAACAGCACACAAGGACAUUGUAGCUGAGAAGAUUGAUAAUAUUCUUGACAUGGAGACGGUGUUGCUCGAGAUCAUUGGUAGUUGCAAUGGAUUGGUAUGCAUGAAGUUUUUAUUACGUGUCUCAUAUGUAAUAUUCAAUCUCUCGACAAGGGAGUCCAAGCAAAUACCAUAUUGUGAUUUGCGUCCUUAUGAAGCUUAUAACAGAUAUAGAUAUGGAUUUGGAUAUGACAGUUGCUCUAAUGAUUACAAACUGGUGCAAUUAGGCAGAUGUAGCGUCUAUGUAUAUUCAUUGAGAGCUGGUUCCUGGAAGAAGGUCCAAGACUAUGUUAAAAACAGUUUUUAUGUUGAAGACAUGAGUUCUUAUCCUUCGCUUUGGUGGCUGACAAACUCUCAGAAAUUCCCUUGCCUAGUUUCUUCACCAAUGUUCAUAAUAUGUGCCCAAUAG